UUGUAGAUGGCGACAACGUACCUUCGAUGACGCGAAUUAGAUAUGGCGAGUCUUUGGGCUGAGUGUCUUUAGCGAAAAUAACAAACUCCAAUAUCAAAUCUAAACACCGCGAAUACGCAAUAAUAUUAAAAGGCGUCGUUCGGUUAUUGAUAGAUCAUAGUCGCAUUGUAUAUCGAUGUUUGUAGUUUUCGCGCAUUUAGUUACAUAAUAAAGUACAAAAGAUGUUCUCUUUGGUUGCCGAUUACGGAAACAGCGAAGAGGAAAGUUCAGAAAAAUCGAACUCUGCCGAAGACUCGGAUCAUUGCGAAAACGUAGCAGAACCAGCUCUUCGACAGUAUGGAUCGGACCAGACAGCUCUCCCUAGUGCUAGUUUGAUGCUGGCUAACGAUAAAACAAUCCCUGGAGGCGUCUUCAGCAAUCCGUUUCGAGAAGCAGAGGAUGCAAAAAUAGCCAGCCUGGAAAAACAUGUUAAAAUGGUUGAUCCGGAAAACAAAUGUAGCGAACAAAAGCGUAAAAUUUGUUGGAGUUAUCGCAAAGGUCGUUGUCGGUUUGGAAGUAAAUGCAACUUUGCCCACGAUUCCGAUUUGAUAGUGAAGAAGGAACUUCACGGAAAUCACACGCAUUCAGAGUCAGUAGAUCAGUUAUCCCAUGACGUGGGACAUUCCAGUAUGGCAGUAGAGAACCAAACAGUUCGGAAACACGAUAACAGAAAGAAACGACCUGGCUUAAGCCGCGAUCUGGUACCCCCAAAAAAGGUACUGAAAAUGUACCAUCGAGGAAAAUACAGUGGAAAGCCUUGAUUGGCUACAAAAUUAUUGACAGAGUGUACGUAACGGGUUUUUCAAGAUUAAGAAAUAAAUAUGUGAGUAUUAA